AUGAGCGACAAGUACGCUGCAGGCAGCACCAAUGCCAGCAACAGCAAUAGCGCCGAAAGCGUCGCACGCCAAGCCCGAUCCGCUUUCGAGGCCUCCUCCCAACUCCUCUCCACUUCGGCCUCUGCCGAUACCACACGCUCCUCGGCGCUCCUCUCCAUCCGCUCGGCGCUCGAACGCAACAAGACGCGAAUCCAAGAUGCGAAUGCGCUCGACAUGCAGGCUGCGCAGACGCUUGUAGAGCAGGGCAAGCUGUCGGCGUCGCUUGCUGCGAGGUUGGACCUGUUCAGCAAGGCGGGCAAGUGGGAGUCGCUGCUUGCUGGUGUUUCGGAUGUCGCCGCGCUGCCGUCACCGCUGGAUCAUGUGCAAUGGGCCAAGAGACUGGCAGAGGAGACCGAGACGCAGGGCGCCAUCGACCUGUACCGCAUCACGUGCCCCAUUGGCGUGUUACUGUGCAUCUUUGAGGCGAGGCCGGAGGUGGUGGUCAACAUUGCAAGUCUUGCGAUCAAGUCGGGCAACGCUGCGAUUUUGAAGGGAGGCAAGGAGAGCAAACAUACCGCAGCGAUCUUGUCGAGUAUCAUUUCGGAUGCGCUGGCCGAGGCCGGGUUGCCGAAGGACCUCAUCCAGACGGUGGAGACGCGCGGGGAUAUCCAGAGUUUGUUGCAUUUGGACGAGUUCAUCGAUCUCGUGAUCCCGAGGGGCAGCAACGAGCUGGUCAAGGCGAUUCAGCGCGACGCGAGGAUGCCUGUGAUGGGGCAUGCGGAUGGGCUGUGUAUCGGGUAUGUCCAUGAGGAUGCCGAUCUGGACAUGGUGGUCGGCACGGUGGUGGAUAGCAAGACCGACUACCCCGCGGCGUGCAAUGCGCUGGAGACGCUGCUUAUCAACGAGAAACUGCUGGCUAAAGCCCACUUUUGGCCGCCUCUCGCAGAAGCACUACUUGGCGCCAAGGUUCAGCUUCGCCUCGAUCAGGAGUCGCUCUCGCACCUCCCACAAUCGCUCCUGCAAAAGUACCGCUCCCAAAUCGUCGCAGCGCAACCGUCAGACUACCACACCGAAUUUCUCGAUCUCACGCUCGCCGUUGCCUCCACCGCCACCCUCGACUCCGCGAUCCACCACAUCACCACCCACAGCUCGGGCCACACGGACCUCAUCCUCACCUCGCCCACCGCCUCUCCAAACGCCGCAGCGGACCGGUUCGUCAAGUCGAUCAACUCUGCCAACGUGUUUGUCAACAUCUCGACGCGCUUUGCCGACGGGUUUAGGUUCGGCCUGGGCACCGAGGUGGGUAUCAGCACGGGCAAGACGCAUGCCAGGGGCCCGGUCGGCUUGGACGGACUGGUGAUCUACAAGUAUGUCGCCAAGGCGGUCGGUGCCAAGACGGGCGCCCAGACAGCGGGCGAGUUCAAUGCGGGAAGGGCGUGGGCCCACAAGGAAAUCGAGGCCGUAUAUCCGACGCUGUGA